AUGCCCAUUUCGAUUUCGUCGUUUGGCGCUGGGUCCAUUGUGAUCGAGUCGUCAAGACUGGUUGCGAGCCGCCUCCUGGUCGAAUCGCGAGGGUCCGGGCGCAUUCAAGUCAACGUUCGACGGUCCAUUUCAGCUGACAGCAUCGACUUGUCCACGUCUGGGUUCGGUUCCAUUGCCCUCGUGGCCCCCUCCACCACCGCCAAACAACUGUCUGCCGUGUCUAGUGGGUCUGGAAGUGUGUUUGUGGGAACCUCCGCACCAACCAACGCGACCGCGCUCGUGUCUCUCCAUGCCACCACAUUAGUGGCAAAGGCAUUCGGAGACGGCAACGUGUUCUUCAUGGACGCAGGAACGUGCCACGGGAACGACGUGCAAACCAGCGGCCAUGGCAACGUGUACUUGCACCACGUUCGCUGCGAAAACACGAACGCACUCGUACUCGGCAGCGGCAAUAUGUAUUUGACCACGACUGGCAUGCUUCGAGUCCAAGACACGGGGCCGGCUCGGCUGCCUUGGGUGGUGGCAUUUUUCGUGAUUGUCGUGCGCAAGAUUCGUGCCAAACGUGCGAUUCAAGUCCAGCUCAAGGCAUUCACCGAAGCCACAACCCCUAUGUCCAUCAACCAAGUCGUGUUGCACUUGUAA